AUGCAGGACCAACGCCGCCCCUAUCGCUCCCACAAGGUGCCCGCCUGCGAUCGAUGUCGCCGAUUCAAGCGGCGCUGCACCGGCGGGACUCCAGAUCGGCCUUGCGUGCUGUGCAACCUGCAGGACGUGCCCUGUCUCAUCUCAGCCAGCCCCAAAGCCCAGACCGGAGCUCGUCGCUCGGCUAAGCGUGAACUGCGACGGGCUCAGUCUAAACCUGGCACGUCUCACGCCAACACGAUUGGCAAUGCUGCUGCACCGUCGCCGGCAGAAGACGUCGGACGGGAGAGCAUCGGAACCGAUUAUCAUGGCUCACCGGGCCAGGAUCGCGCCAAAGUCGAGCUAUCAAUGGUUGCGAGUCCGGUCAUCUCGGAGGAUAUCCAGAUCCUGGAACGUUAUAUGUCUUCGAAGGCAACUAGCUCCGUGUCCGCCUCGGUCGAGGGAAGUCUCUCUCACGCGGCGGCUGCCAAUCCAAUGGUGUAUAUGAAAGUUCCCCGACGGAGAGAGGGACUUGCCAUGUCAGAGAAUCCGGGGAAACAGCAGAAGGAGAUUCUACAGCAGAUUAUCAAACCGUAUGCAGACGAAUUGGUCAGACUGUACUUCGAUGAGAUUCACCCUGCCUUUCCAAUCCUGGACCGUCAAUCAUUUCUGGAGCUGUAUAGAAGUGGAGACAAGCUGUCUCCGGCGCUGACUUGCGAAUUCUUUGCCCUGUCGCUGAUCCUAUGGCAACACUCGCCGACUCUUAAGCAAUUCCCCAAGCCCGACUCGCGGUUUAUCUGGAAUCUCGCCGUGGAGGCCUUGCAGCAGGACUUCCUUGCACCUGGGCUGUCCACCAUCUUUACCGUUGUCCUGGACAUGAUGGGCCGGCCCGUCUACUCCGUCCUGGGGAAUACUAUCAACAACGGCAGAGCGGUUACGCUGGCGCAGACGUUAGGGCUGAAUCGUGAUCCGACCAAAUGGAAAAGACCGGCCAGUGAAAAGGCCCUGCGUAUUAGGUUAUGGUGGGCCGUCGUUAUCCACGAUCGAUGGUCCAGCUUUGCCCAUGGCAUACCCCCGAUUAUCACCAAAGGCCAACACGACGUGCCCGUCCCUCUCCCUCUCGAUAUCCUCUCCGACGCAGAUAAAUCCGAAAAGCACGCCCGGGCUGCCGUAUGCUUUAUGCGUCUCUGCACCUUGACCAAUAUCCUCGGCGAUGUCCUUCCGCUUGCGUAUCAUCUUGACGUGGACCAGAAACAAAUCUGGCGACAAAUCCGCCGAUUGGAACUGGAGCUCUGCGAAUGGGAGGAUAAUUUGCCCGGGUAUCUUCAACCCACCGGCACCGACCAACCCCGGCCAUCGGGAUCGAGCAGUCUGCGACUUGGCUACCUUUCCGUCCGGCUGCUGCUCAACCGCAUCGCUUUACACGUAACAACGCUAUCCUCCGAAAUCGACCGCUCCGAAAGCACCCGCUACCACCUGUCUCAGCUGCGCCGGUCCGCCCACGACAUCGUCGAAUACGUCUGCUCCUUGACGACGGCCCAGCUGCAAGAGUUCUGGCUCCCUUACACCGCCCACCACCUCAUCCUCACCGUCAUCAUCCUCCUGCGCUGCACCGUCGAAUCCACCGACAAAGCGAUCGUCACGUCCUGCCGAUCGAGUCUCUCGCGCCUGUGGACGAAACUCCACGACGCCGCCGAGCACGACGGCUGGGAUCUCGCGAGCAUCUGCAUCAGCCAGUGCGAUGAGUCGGUGUCCAAGAUCCUGCAGAAUGCAUCUGACACGCGGGGCGUUCCGAAGGAGCAAUACGUCGAGCCGCGGUCGCUGGAAGAUCCGCAGGGUUCGGCGCCGGUGGAUGCGUCGGUAGGGCUGGCGAGUGGCAGCGGUAGUGGUAAUGGCAUUGGCAAUGGGCUGUCUGCGGAUCUGUUGCCGGAUAUCCUGCCGUUCGCGAAUCCGGAUAUCUCGUUCGAUAACCAGUGGGAUGUCGGGCCUUGGUAUGGGCUGGGGUGGAUGGAUAUCGAUAAUCUUUCGUAUGAGGCGGUGAAUCAGGGGUUGUUUAUGUGA